UGAACCCAGAAGAUGCCAGAAAGAUGCGAGAAACAGGCCUGCACCUCAUGCGUCGCAUGCUUGCUGUGCUACAAAUAUUUGCUGUCAGUCAGUUUGGUUGUGCUACUGGUCAGAUUCCUCGUACCCUCUGGCAGAAGGACCAAGCCAACAAGGACUAUUCCCCCUUAGUUAAAAAACUGGAGUUAUCAGUAGAGCAGGUGAGGCAGCUAGCUAUGAAACACCAGCAGGAAGACCACGUUAUCAGUUCCUCCGAUCUGCAGGACAUUCCCUUAGGAGGCAGAGAUGAGCUGACUCUAGCUGUGCGGAAAGAGUUGACCAUUGCUUUGCGAGACCUGAUGGCUCAUGGACUCUAUGCCUCUUCUCAAGGAAUGAGCCUGGUAUUGGCACCCAUCGCGUGUUUGAUUCCUGCGUUCACCUCAUCCCCGCAGACCAUGCACCCUUGGGAACUCUUUGUGAAGUAUUACAACACUAAGAAUGGACAAGCCUUUGUGGAAUCCCCAGCUCACAAGCUCUCCCAGUCCUUUGCCUUGCCUGUGACAGGAGGAGUGGCCAUUACCCCCAAGCAGAGCCUGCUGACAGCGAUUCACACUGUCCUCACAGAGCAUGACCCCUUCAAGCGCAGUGCAGACUCUGAACUGAAAGCUCUGGUGUGUAUGGCACUAAACGAGCAGCGCCUGGUCUCCUGGGUAAAUCUGAUCUGCAAAUCUGGAGCUCUGGUACAGUCCCACUACCAGCCAUGGAGCUACAUGGCAAACACAGGCUUUGAGAGCGCGCUGAACAUUCUCAGCCGCUUGAGCAAUUUAAAAUUCAACCUCCCGGUUGACCUAGCUGUCCGGCAGCUGAAAAACAUCAAAGAUGCUUUUUGAUGUAUUUUUAUUGUAGAUCAUCCAUUUUCCACAAGUAGGCAGCUGUUGG